ACAGAAGGCGGGGACGUUGGCAAAACACGCGGCAGCAGUACGCGCGGAACGGACGUCUAUCGCGUGCAGGCAAGGGGCACGGUGGACGCGGGGGUGGGUGAACAGGACGCGCGGGCCGCGGUGCUCGGGAGCACGCGCGCAGAAGGACCGUGCAACGGGGCAGCACGCGCGCGCAAGCCCUCAGUCCUCGAGGAAUGCGGACAGCCGGGCGGGGAGGACGCGCGCGUUGAGGCGCAAGAAGCGACGGCGUGCGCAGCACGCUGGAUGGGCGACACGCGCACGAAAGGGGCG